AUGGUGGAGAACGAUCAUGAGUGGAAUGUUCCACUUUUGGAAGCUUUAUUUACACCACUGGAAGUUGGCAUAAUUGCAAGUAUCCCUCUAAGCCUUAGAGGAGCAGAUGACAGCUUGAUAUGGCACUAUGAUAAGAGAGGAAACUAUGGAGUGAAAAGUGGAUACCAUGUGGCCCACCUUAAUGAUGGUAGAUCUGAUCGGGCUGCUAGUUCAAAUGGGUCUUAUGGAAUUAAUGCCACUUACUGGAAGAUAAUUUGGGGGGCCAACAUCCCACCUAAAGUACGGGUGUUUAUUUGGAGACUACUCAGAGGCAUUUUACCUAAAAGAAGAGCUCUCUCCCAUAAGGUUAGUCUUCUUGAUAGUAAUUGUCUUUUUUGUAAUCAUGCAUUAGAAGAUGGUUUACACCUGUUCAGAGAUUGCGAUGUCACCACCUGCUUUUGGGUGUGUACCAAAUUGGGCCUUUUGGCCAAGACGGUGGCUGCUUCAUGUGUGGAGGACUGGGUGUUGAACGUCAUCAAUAAAUUGGAUGGUAACCAACGUUGUGCUUUUUUCAUGGCACUCUGGGUCAUAUGGUCUGAAAGAAAUAAUGUCUUGUGGAACGGGAAUUUUUUCUGUACAUCUAAUGCUGCCCAAUGGGCUAGUAGAUUUCUUGAGGAAUAUCAGCAACUUCAUGUGCAUGGAAAUGCGAAAGGUAGAAGGGAAAAGACCAAAUGGCAGAACCCUCCUAGUGGGCGUCUGAAAGUGAAUGUGGAUGGGAGUUACCGGGCUGAUUAUGGUGAUGGUGGAGUGGGAGUUGUGAUACGUGAUGAAAAUGGGAUGUGUUUGUCAGCUCUGGCUAGAUAUUUCCCACAUGCUUCAUCUGCUUUACAUAUGGAGGCUGAAGCAUGUAGGGCUGGGCUUUUAUUGGCGAUCCAUCAGAACAUGACCGUUAUUGAUAUUGAGAGUAAUUGUUCCCUUGUUGUCACUGCUCUACAGUGUGAGGUGGAAGAUAGAUCUGACAUUGGGCGUAUUAUCAAUGAUUGUAAGUCAUAUUUGACAUCUUUUCACUCAAGUCAGGGACAGUCUAGGUACUUUUGUGCAUUUAGUUUUUGCAUUUGGUCUGGUCUUGUCGGCUUAAUUCUCAGUGGAUCUAGGUGCACACCAAUUGAGGUCUCUAGGCAGCUAGGUUUAUUGGUUAAAGAGUUAGGUGGGGAGGGCCGGAUCUUUCUAGCGCCUCCGGCGUAG